UGCGUUUGUCUUCUUCGAACUGCGGUUUGGGGAGGUAUCAUCAUUUCGUGUUUUUUUAUUACCUUCCUGGUGGUUGUCGUCAUCUGCGUGGCGAGUGUGGUGAUCGCGUUCCUUGCAUGGCGGCAGUAGCAUCGCAUUGGUGUGGCGGCAUUAGCAUCGCAUCUCCAACUUGCGUGAUAGGCAUGGACGGACACGGAUUCACGACUGAGUUAUAUGGGGGUAUGGCCCCCUCCUCUCAGUUCGACAAUGCAGCUCCUCGUGGAGAUGACUGCAUGCAAGCGUGGAUAGAGACAGCGCCAUCUCCGCCGUCGUGGUGCUACAUGACGCAAGAUGGAUUCACAUGCACCCAACCCCAGGCUGGAGGCCCGCAAUCUGUUUCCUGCAGUGCGAAUGCCGGCGGCGGCACGCAGACCCCCACGAACCACGGCAGUCAAAGUUACACCGGCAGUGCCAGGCAGAUGCCGACACCGAUUGUACCGAGCACUGUGGUGAAGCACCCAUCCGCAUUCGUCGGCACACGGGGAGUGACACCGGCAACCGAGGAGCGGAUGUGGGGUGCUUCUCGGCAGUCCCAUCUCCGCACAUCUGACCAGCGAACGGCGAUGAUGCCGCCUGUCCCCAACAUGCCUCUUCCGAGGACGUUCAGCGGUGGAGAUCCGAGGCAGGCGAUGUCCUUCGGUUCGGCCGAUCGUCCAUCUGUCCACCAGCGGCCGUUGCCUGGCCACGGCGUGCCUCACAGGUCACCACCCGUGGUACGUGGUAUGCAGGGUGCGGGCCGCCCGCCAUCGCCAUUCAGAAACACGAAGGGUUAUGGUGGGGGGGGAACGCAGUGCGUGGAGACAAUCGGGACAGACAGCAGCACCAUGGCCGGGUGCUCGGCGGACACGGGAGGGGAAAGUUGGGAGUUUGAUGAGGAGAGAUCCGCGGCGGGUGCGGAUCGUGAAACUGUCGACCUUGGGGACGAAGAAGAGCCGACAGCGGGAGGUGGAGAUAGCACCCCUUCAGUGCGCACCGUGUCAGGUCACGUCAGGCCACCCGCACCUCAAAGGAAGAAGGGGGGGAAGGCGUCCGCCCCACCGAAGAAGAACAACCCCUGGACGCUGGAGGAGAGAGUGGCGACGUCCAGGUUACAUGGCAAGGACAACGCUCUGAUGGCCGACGCCGAAGGCGCCCACCAGUGCAUGACGAGGGCGAGAAGAUGGGAGUGGGUAGCAGCGCGGCUUGGAGAGGAGGGCUAUUCAAGAUCCGCGGAAGACUGCAGGAAGAAGUGGGCAGAGAUGGUGAAGAAGGUGAGGGAGAUCCGUGACGCGUGUGAUGGUUCAGGGAAACCAUCGUAUUUUGACAUCAGCACCGAAGAACGGYGGAAGUUGGGUGUGAGUCUGACAUUCGAAAAACCGUUGUGGGAUGCAAUGGAAUGGUACAGGGUGAAGUCGUCGGUGACAUGUGAUAACACUAUGGCGUCAGAGGAUCUGAGAGGGACUGGGUCGGUUGGCGGUAGCGAAGGAGGAUCAGAAGGCACGGGGACAGACUGCUCGGACGGCUCCGCUAAGAGGCAGCGCACUGGUGCUGGGAAGGGUCGUGGGACCGAUUCCGGAGCUUCGGUGCACGGCAUGGCAGGGGCAAGGUAGAUUCCACCAGGGCCGUUUGUGAAGGACUUGAUAGAGCGGCCGGCACGCUAGCUCGCGCGGCUACUGACGGAGCUGCGAUGAUGGCCGCCCGUAUAGGCGACGUGGCAACGGAGAUCG